AUGUCGGGCCAGCCUCUAAUGCAUCCUAAUCUCGAUGCUGAGCGCACAAGUCUUUACAGCAGGAGAUCCAAGCUACGCCUAGCUUGGAAAAAGAAUUUCAUACAAGAUUGGUGGGAUUCUGCCUAUGACGAAUACAUCUCUGGAAAUGAAUUCACCGAGCGCGAUAAAACAUUCUUAUUCCAACUAUUCAAAAAAUUUCUCCCAGAACGUGCAAGGCUUAGAGAAGCACUCUUCAAACAGGCUAUGUUGGAUAGAAUCAUCGGGCGACAAUGCCUUGAUGAUAUGGUCAAACUCUGUACAUCCACGGAGCGCGUGGUGUACUAUCCAGGACUCUAUCCAGUGGAGAAUUGCUGUCCAGUCUGCUCCAAGCCUAUGUCAGAUGUCGAAGACAAUCCUUGGGUGGCCCACCGUACCAACAACGCUAUGGCAAUGGGAAGCGUGCACACCGGCGGGAACAGCGUAAUUUUGUGCAAUUUUGCUAUCUCUGUGCAGAUAUUUGCUGUGAAGAAGGAAAAUGGAAGAGCCAUUGUCAAACGCAUCUGA